AUGUAUGCAUACUCUCAGAAUAACAGCGGUGGUAGUCAGAGAUCGAAUAGAUGCAGAUCAAGGGCUCGAUAUAAGAAUGGAUCUGGUCAGAGCUGUAGCAGUAACAAGGCAGGGUCGAAAACGGCUGUCUCUAGUGUGAAUGGGGUUAGUUUUGUCGGUGGGGAAGGUGUAGCAAUUGUUGCUGGUGGGGAUUUGCAGGACGUCGGGACGUCUUCGAGAUCCUCCACAGACGUGUCUAAGAGACGGGUUUCUUUUACACCUCAACAUCAGAAGGCUAUUAUUGAACAUUUAUUGCUCACCAAGAAUUCGACACCUCAGAAGAAUUAUUCUCAUGUUCCUUGUAAGUUUUACAGGCAGGGUGCUUGCCAGGCGGGUAGUUCUUGUCCAUUUUCACAUUCUCUGAAUGUCUUGACGGCAGAUCAGACGCCUUGCAAGUACUUUGAGAAGGGUAAUUGUAAAUUUGGGGUCAAAUGUGUCAAUGCUCAUAUUUUGCCUGAUGGGACGAGGGCCAAUCCUCCAAAGCAAAUCUUGUAUCCAUCUACUUCAUCUUCGGCGGUUGUGAAGAAUUCGAUGGGGGCUGUUACGCUUCCAGGGUCAGCACAAGGGGCAGUUACGGGGGGCAGUACCCGGUCGAUGGCUGACGGAGAAGGUAUGCAGUUGCAGCUUCAGCAGCAGCAGAUUCAGCAGCAGAUUCAGCAGCAGCAGCAGCAGAUUCAGCAGCAGCAGCAGCUUCACCAUCAUCGUUAUUCGGAACCCGAUAUUUCCAUGAGCCAGCGGCAGUAUGUUGGGUACGCUGGUGGUGCAUUUACUGUUGAUGGGUUUACACAGAACAAGUCGUUAUCUGAUAUGCAGUAUGUUUCUAACGACCUUUCUAGUUCAGGUCUGGCUAGUGGUACACCAUUGCUCUCUCCGUAUGUUAUUACAACAAACUCCAUGAAUAACCAAGGACUGGGUCCGCCUCCGCCAGCUCUCCCUAAUCCGCCUUUUGGCGAUGAGUUGGAUACUUUUGAAGGGGAAGUCCUUGUUCCCAGCGAGCUUUCAGAUUUGCUAACUCCUAAAGAACUGAAGCGCCGUAAUUCCAGACCAUCGUCCACCUCGAGGAAAGUUAGUUUUAGCGACAACAUAUCUACUCCAAGUACCACAAGCAGCGAGCCAUAUACAUUCAUGCACAGAAGGACAUGGUCCUCUGCUUCUGCAACCACUCCACCUCCAACAAUGAUGGAUCAAAUGGCUAGUUCUUCGUCUUCCUCCUUUAUAUCCAAGAUUGUGUCCGCGAAUUAUACUUAUCAAGAUACGUCCUCAAAUUCCGCUCAAGGAAAGUCACCGUGGAAUAACAUAUCUUCUACAGGUAAUAUGACAAUUUACAAUGGAGGCCUUUUCAAUCCAGCAGUGAACACACCCACCGGCACGGCAAACUGUACGGAAUACCAGUUACGGCAUUUAACGGAGGAUUUGACUAAGUUUAAGAUUUACGAGGAGGAAUCUACAAAUGGUUCUGAAAGCACUAUAUCACCGACGAGACAAGAGGCACACCAUGGUCCCACCGGGCAUAUCCGCGUUCACCAAGACCAUAGUAAGGAAGCUCCAAUGUUGUUUGACGAUUUCCAACAGGGUAUCUACUGA